GGUCACGCGAGACCAGCCGAGAACAAGAAGAUGGCGGAAGUUUAUCUCCCGAAGUAAGCCGAAGAAUUGGACAUUUUAAAAGAAGUAGAAGAAGAAGAAGGAUAUUUUCUGAGUAAUCUCUGGCUGUAUUGAGGUCUCAGGCCUAUUGUUGUUCCAUGGCCUCCAGCAUUCCCAAACCAAGCCCUGGAAAUGGCCACCCCAUGAAGGCUCAGCUGCAGAUCACAGGGAUAUCAGCCAAGCUGAAGGACAGCAAGAAGAACUGGUUCGGGCCCAGUCUCUACGUGGAGGUGGCUGUAGACGGCCAGUCCAAGAAGACAGAGAAGUGCAGCAACACACACAACCCAAAGUGGAAGAAUCCACAAACUGUGAUCGUGACACCAUUCAGCAAGCUGAAUUUCCGUCUAUGGAGUCAAAAGCCGCUGAAGUCCGACCUCUUGGGCACGGCCACGCUUGACAUCAGUGAGAUGCUCAAAAGCAACGACAUGAAGUUGUGUGACGUGAAGCAGACGUUGUCAUUGUGCUCAGACAGUGAGCAGACAGAUGUUGUUGGAGAUCUGUCUGUGUGUCUGGACGGCCUGCAGGUCGACCCGGCGGCAUUUACCACCGCUGAGGCUAACAACCAGAGCACCACAAACGGAGAGUCGCAGAAUAACGAGGACGUCAGCACAAGGAGAAGCAGAGAGAGUUCUCCAAGCGUGUUGGACCUUCUCAGCAGACGUGUGGUCAAUGGAUCCAGCUCACCGUCUAUGUCGAAUCGUGUGUCACGACCCCAGAGGCCACCCAGACCCUCUCGACCACCGCCGCCCACCCCACAACGCCCAGUGUCUUCUCCGGCAUUCCAAGCAGGUUCUACAGUCACAGACAGCAGCAACUCUGCUCAGCCAGAGACUUUGGUGCAGGUCCCUAAAACCAACCCUGAACCUCCUCCUGCCAUUCCUGUUGCUUCUUUGCCCACCCGGAUGCCCAUCACCAACACGGGGCCUCUGCCACCAGGGUGGGAGCAGCGAGUGGACGCGAGCGGCCGCAUAUACUUUGUGGACCAUGUGGGGAAGAGGACGUCGUGGGAGAGACCCGAGGCUCUGCCUCCUGGUUGGGAGCUGCGCCUGGACCAAUCAGGACGCGUGUACUUUGUGGACCACAUGAGCAGGACGACGACGUGGCAGCGUCCCACUGUGGAGACGGUGCGCAACUACGAACAGUGGCAGCACCAGAGGAACCGGUUAGAGGGGGCCAUGCAUCAGUUUAAUCAGCGCUUCAUCUACAGCGAUCAGGCUGGACCUGCUCAGAAUAAAGAGUAUGACCCACUCGGACCACUGCCACACGGAUGGGAGAAGAAAACGGACCCUAACGGCCGAAUUUAUUUUGUGCACCACCUGACUCGCACCACGCAGUGGGAGGAUCCUCGCAAUCAAGGGCUGCUGAAUGAGAAGCCGCUGCCUGAGGGCUGGGAGAUGAGGUUUACAGUGGAGGGGAUUCCAUACUUCGUUGAUCACAACAGAAAAACCACCACCUACAUCGACCCGCGGACAGGAAAAUCAUCCCUUGAAAACGGCCCUCAGAUCACCUACGUGCGCGACUUCAAAGCCAAAGUCCAGUACUUCAAAUUCUGGUGUCAGCAAUUAGCGAUGCAGCAGCACAUCAAGAUCACGGUGAGCCGCAAGUCGCUGUUCGAAGACUCUUUCCAGCAGAUAAUGAGCAUAAGUCCACAAGACCUUCGCCGAAGACUGUGGAUCAUCUUCCCCGGGGAGGAAGGACUCGACUACGGUGGUGUAGCAAGGGAGUGGUUCUUUCUGGUGUCCCACGAGGUACUGAACCCCAUGUACUGCCUGUUUGAAUACGCCGGCAAGGAUAACUACUGUCUGCAGAUCAACCCAGCUUCAUCCAUCAACCCAGACCACCUCAAAUACUUCCGCUUCAUUGGCCGCUUCAUCGCCAUGGCUUUAUUCCACGGGAAGUUCAUCGACACAGGUUUCUCGCUACCUUUCUAUAAACGGAUUCUUAACAAACCUCUGGCCCUGAAAGACCUCGAGUCCAUCGACCCCGAAUUCUACAACUCGCUGAUCUGGAUCAAAGACAACAACAUCGAGGAGUGCGGUCUGGAGAUGUUCUUCUCAGUGGAUAAGGACAUCCUCGGGGAGAUCACAACACACGAUCUGAAACCAGGCGGAGGAGACAUUCAGGUCACAGAGGAGAACAAAGAGGAGUACAUCAGGCUGGUAGCUGAGUGGAGAUUGUCCCGAGGUGUGGAAGAACAGACGCAGGCUUUCUUCGAGGGCUUUAACGAGGUCCUGCCUCAGCAAUACCUACAAUACUUUGAUGCCAAAGAGCUCGAGGUGUUGUUGUGUGGGAUGCAGGAAAUCGAUCUGGCAGACUGGCAGAAACACACCAUCUACAAACACUACACACGUACCAGCAAGCAGAUCGUGUGGUUCUGGCAGUUGGUUAAAGAGAUGGACAACGAGAAGCGAAUGCGUCUGCUGCAGUUCGUCACCGGGACGUGCCGUCUGCCCGUGGGCGGGUUCACUGACCUCAUGGGGAGUAACGGCCCACAGAAGUUCUGCGUUGAGAAAACAGGGAAGGAGAACUGGCUGCCCCGGAGCCACACGUGCUUUAACCGGCUGGACCUCCCUCCGUAUAAAAGCUACGAGCAGCUAAAGGAGAAACUGCUGUUUGCCAUAGAGGAGACUGAGGGCUUUGGGCAGGAGUAACACCGACACACACACACACACACACACACACACACACACACACACACACGUGCGCGAGAUACUGUGAUGCAGCACAGAAUAACUUAUAACUUAACCGUCUCGUUAUAUACAAAUAAAUCAGGAACGAUGAGUUUGCGCUUCUCGCUGCCGUCUUACCAUGGAAAUGCAGAAUUAAGGAUUGAACGAAAGAUCACAUGACCUGCAUUCGUCAUUAAGACCUGAAACGAUGCACGACUACUGCGAGGAAUUCGGGUUUAAAUGUAACGGACCCGGACAGGAUUGUAGGCCUUAGAAGGAGAAAUAUGGACUCUUCAAGCAAAACCGCUCCGUAGACUGUAUUCUCAUUAUAUGCUCUUCAGUUCUGGACCAUCUUUAGCUCCAGGACUUAGUUUUGCCUGGUCCUAGACUUCAUUUAGCCUCAUACUGUGGUUCAGUCUGGCCUUGAACCAUCUUUAGCUCCAGAGCUCCGCUUAAUCCAGAUCUGGACCUUAUGUCUUACAGCCUCAAACUUUAAAACCAGUCCUAGGACUAAGAAUCCAGAGUAGAGUUUAACCACAGACUUUGACUAAUGUUGCCUCAAGAAUUCUUUACUCCAGCCUGGUACUGUUCAUCCUAGAACCUGGACUCUCUUUAGUCCAGCCCAGAAUUUAACAUAAAUGAACUUGGGAGAACUUUUUAAUAGUGUAAUAAUAGAGAAGGUUUAUAAGUAGAGCUGCAUGAACACGGUGCCUUUUACUGUGACGUCAACAAACUAAUUCUGUUUAUCAAAAUAAACAAAACAUCGCUAGUGUAACAACACACGAGUCCUGAAGCAGACUCUGACCAAACACACACACACACACACACACACACAAACACACACACACACAGUUUGCCUUCUGCAAUAAAAUACUGUUUUCUAGUGGCGGAAAGCGAGUGCUGAUCAUCUGCACUCUUUAACACCCUCUGUUAUACAGGGGGUUUAUUUCUAAACGUUCUUUGUUUUAUGUCCUGAAGUGCGACUGGAUUUGUGCCGACAUGUUUAUACAUCAUGUGUACAUUGCGUUUUUUAAAUUUAGGGUCGAUUUGAAGUUCUACAAAGCUGGUGAUACAAGAUCUUCAGCACAAAAGGAUGAGGAAAUAUUUUAAAAGCAUUAGUUUAUAAUAACGAAGCAGAAACUCAACACUGUAGCAAUAUCGUGUACUGUGAUAAAAGCGAUAAAUAUCGGCGCGUGACUCGUUUCUUCGCAGGCAUCUUUCUUUCUUACGUAGUAUCACGUUCACAUGAGAUAUCUGCUGCAUCUUCACAUGAUAUCUGGAUUUAAACCUGAUCCGGAUCGGCACUUUUGCGCUCAACCUGAUUGCUUUUAUUGUUCAGACACGUACACAUGCUCUCUGAUCACUGGUUUAAACCCGAGCACAACUCUGAAGCCUCUCUCUCAUUCAACACCAUCAUCAAUAGAAGGAUCAGAGUCUCGAGUCUCACGACCAUGUUAACACUAACACGGUGCUCGCUUACGGUUUCUUUACCGAGCUCAUGAAAUACUGCCUACUGAAAUACUCAAGUGUGACAUCUGUACAUUACCUACAAUCCUGUAUAUUGUGUGAAUAUUUGAUUCUUUAUGGGGGAAAAUUCUUUUACAAGGCUUUCUGUAUCCUCACUGGUCGAUUAUUAUGUACAGUCAAUUGUAAAAUUAAACAAAAAGGGAUGAAUAAAAUGAUUAUGUGGGUAAAAUA